AUGGGGUUCACCCGUAAGAGCGCGGUCCUCGCCCUUUUCUUCCUCGGGCUUGCCGCUAGGCAAGCCUCGGCUGUCACCACCUGCCUCGCCCUCAUCACCGCGGUUGAGGCCAUCUCCGGCACAGGGACGGUAGAGCUCGAGGGCGGCUUUACCUGCGAAGCAUACAUCACGGUCGCUGCUAGCCAGGAUGUCACCAUCAGCGGUGCCUACACGAUCACUCUGGGCGCACCCUUCGCCGGCAGCACGAACACGGACGCGGGGGGCAGCCUGUUCGAGAACGAGGGCACGCUGAAGCUCGACGGCAUCACGUUCGCCACGGAAACAACGGAUGGGAACCGCGCUGUCUGGAACACGGGAACGCUUUCGGUGGAAGGCUGCACGUUCGAACUUUACCCAACCGGAAUCUUUCUCUCCAGGGGCGGUGUGAUCUACUCCGACUCUGCAGGAACGAUUUCCAUCUCAGACUCCACCUUCAAAUCAAACCUCGCGAGCGAGAGGGGCGGUGCAGUGUACGCCAUCGGCUCCGAAACCCUCACCAUCACGGACUCCCUUUUCAGGGGCAACGAAGUUGGGACGGGCGUUGCCGCGGACGGCGCAGGAGGCGACGUUUACGCAGGCACCAAUGUUGACCUCACGGUCACUGGCACGACGUUCUCGACGUCUGCGGCCGAGUACGGUGGAGCUGCCAUCGAGUGCUGCGGCGCGGUAAUCUCCGACACUGUCUUCACGGGAGCGGACACUGCCAGCGACGCCGCGCACUACGGCGGGGCGCUGCUGGUCAACCGCCCUGACCAAGACGGAUGCCCGAGGGAGCUUGACCUCUCAAACUCGACGUUCAGCGGAUGCACCGUAGGAAGCACUACUGGAGCGGGCGGUUCCGUGGCCAUCUUCGACACUUCGGCAACAAUUACCGACUGCACUUUCGAGAGCAGCGUUGGCACGGCGGUGCUGUUCUCGUCUUCCAGCGAUUCCGGAGAACACCAGCUUCUCAUGGACUACGUUCAGUUCAACCUCAACACCUUCCCCGCUGAGGCCUACGCCACCGACACUGAGCAGGGAGCUGCGAUCGUGGUGACGAACACGGGCGUGGCGGAUGGAGAGACGACGGUGACCAUGGGCGAGUUCAACGACAUGUACUGCUUCGCCAAUGAGCCUUACGAGUGCGAGUUUGUGUACGAUCAGUCGGACAUCGUCCACAGCGGGGAGUUUAAGUGCCAAAUCUGCGACAUCGAAGGGGAGCGACAACAAAGUGGCACCGACGACGAUUUGAUCGAUGCAAGCGAGCGCAGCAUCGACGGGGACUCUUCGUCCGACAACCAGGGCAUCGUCAUUGGCCUCUCGCUUGCCCUCGGACUGACGCUGGUCGUGAUCGGAGCCUUGGCGGUAUGGAAGUUCAGGGUGCGCAAGAAUGCGCGCCGUCUCAUGGAGGACAUGGGCGAAGGCGACUUGUAAGCUUGCCCUGAGCAAGGCCGAUGGUGAUCUAUCAUCUAUGAUCCACCAUCUAUGAUCUACAAGGUGCCAUCGCCCGCGGGAGACAACCCAAGACACGGGUGUUUCGUGUGAAUGGAAAUGAAAUGCGCUAGUGUGGUGGAAGUGCGGAGUUUGCCAGUUCGCGACCCUUGGCACCUGACGGUGCGUAGAGAGAGGAGAGAGGAGCAGCAUAUCUAUUUGGCGGUUUGCCAAGGUGAUACGUGCCGCGUGUGGAACUAAGCAUAUUUGGUAGCCUUUUUCACUCCCUUCGUAGGAAAAGAAAACACGGCUCGGUUCGUAUCUAAGGAAGGUUGCCGCAGCAGUGGAGCGGUCCCGAUUGUUCUCGCAGGAGGUUGAACGCCCACGGGAUCAUAAAAAUGUAUUCUAAAGUACGUUGUUGUCGGCUGGGUUGAGAGGUAGGAGGCAGCCCCUCAAACCCGUCAGCCAGUCAGAAGACCUUGGUUUUCAGCGGUGUAGUGGGCUUGUACCCGCGGGGGGCGGGAAACGGGCCACGAAUAUGAACGUGUCAUCUCGUCGCCGCUGCCGGCUCGCCUUGCCACGAACCGUGAUUGUUGUCUUGUGCUGUUUGCCUCCAUCGCAAGAACCCUUGUCUAUCGUUCGUUCGUCCAUUUUUUGGUUUGUUGUGCACCGGCGCCUCGUGUGCCAUCGAGCGGGCGAGCGGAUUUGCGAGCUGACUUGGAGUAGACUAUCGCAUGCCUCAGUUUCGUGAUGACUACGGCUGUGGCAUCGUGCACGGUGAUGCGCUCCAAGGUUGUUUGUUGAGAGCCAUGAGAAAUCAGCCACUGACACAACCCUUGCUUGAGUCUGGCAUCAUGUUUGUUAUGCCCAAGCGCAUGCAUGCCGUGCGGACUAGGCGUGUGAAGUUUCUCUGUCAGUAAACUUUUUUUCUUUUGUGUGUUGGCAUCUGCAGGCCGGGCGGUUGGAUUGCUUCCCUUGGUCAAGUGGCAUGCUAACUCUUUGACUAGUUUUCGGCGUCUAGCACGUCUGUGCUACCCCCGUAGGUUUGAUGGAUGUUUGUUGGGUAAGGGUUUGUGCAGUGCGGGGGGGUGGCGGUAGGGAAGCACAGAGGGCAGUGGACGCUAGAGAAUGGUCUGUGUCGUACAUAUUGUAGUCUUGCAGAAAAUGUUGGGUGUACCAGUACGAAUUAUCGUGCCAAAGGUGCGAAUUAUGGUUUCAGUAGGGCGUGCACUGUCUUACCUUAUCUGUCCCUGGUGACCGUUGUUAUUUGCAUAAAUCUCUUUUU